AUGCGUUAAUGUUGAAUACAUAUAUAUCGUCUAGAUUUCGAUUUAUAGUGUGAGAAACUGCAGUAUUAAUAUUAUUAUUUGCAUGAAAUAGGAAAAGGGGAUACAAAUUAUAUGAACAAUAUAGAUGUAUUAUAAUAAUAGAUAGAUUGUUGUCUAGUAUUAUAUAUGAAGAAUGUGCGUUUCAUGCUAAAGGGAUGCGAGUGGAGUUAUUGUUGUGAUUGAAGAGUUGGUCGAAACCAGCUGUCAGCGAAUGUCGGACAAUCAAUAUCUUCCACGCGAUGUCCCGAGCGCGACAAAGAGUCGUCGGCGCCGUGAACGCAAUGUGGACCCGGGCGCGCCGUCGACGCCGCUUCCGGCGUGUCGCGUGUGUGGGGACAGGUCAUCCGGUCUCCAUUAUGGCGUCAACACGUGCGAGGCAUGUAAGGGAUUCUUUAAGCGGACACUCCGUAAAACGACAAUGGACUUGCCAUGUGGAUGCAAGGCGGUGGUCAAGGGUCAGUGGCGCCAGGGGCCUGUUAAGAACGGAUGUUCCGCCUGUCGCUACCAGCGCUGUCUUGCCGUGGGCAUGUCGAGACACGCAAUUAAAAUUGGACGAUACUCUUUGGAGCGAAAAACCAACAAUAUUCUAGAAUCAAAACGUGAAAAACAAGGACUUGACCAAGGUAUAUUGAGCGACCUUCAUCCUCCGAAUGGAGCGGUUGGCAAUCCUCCGAAUGGAGCGGCUGGCAAAGAGUGCAAUUCUAAGUCAUGUGCUCAAGAAAUGGACAAUGCCUUGGCGACGGAUUGUGUAGAUGACAUUGAUGCUUUUAUAGAAAGCUUACUUGGUGUAGAUGGUCAAACGGGAGAAAAUUCUUCAACAGUAGCAAGUGGUGCGGUGUGUCAGAAAAGAUUGGAAAAUACUACCGUUGGAACAGCAAGGGUUUCUGCAGAAAUGAUAAAUGGACAGAUGCCAGAGGAGCUGGCGGGACUGGUGGGGACCCUGACGGCCGCUCACCUCGCCACCAUGGAAGUGGAUGCCAGGAGCCGGGAGGAGAUCACGCGACUACAGACUUCAUGUCUUGAAAAAUACCAGAUUAAGACGGAAAUCUUUGGGAAAAUGAAGGUUUUAUCGACAACGGAGUACAAUAAUUUCUUCAAAGCAACAGGUUUAGAUAUAGAUGGACGUGGCGAGCACGUGCAAAAAGCCCUGACGUUUAUUCAGGGCAGAAUUUCUUCGUCUGUGACAUUCGCCAAGGCCAUUCCCUGCUUCCGGGAUCUGCCCUUACCGGACCAGGUCAGCCUUAUUAAAGCGUCUCGGUCGGAAAACGAGCUUAUGAGUAGCUAUCGAAACAUUUACACCAGUAUUGACAUGGAGCGUCAGGUGGUCGCUAUGCCUUGGGGACGCGAGUACCAUCUAGCGGAAGUAGACAAGUCCGUGCCUGCAGAAAUCGUCGUCGGGCGCUGGCAGGCGGCGGAUCGAAUUGUUGAGCUGGCGCUUACGGCACAGGAAGAGGCGCUAAUCAGGGCGCUUUCAGUCGUAUCUCCAGAUCGGUGCGAUUUGUUGGACCCAGGUAGAGUUAAUGCCAUACAAGACAGAUGUGUUAUGUGUCUUCAUCACCUUUUUGAGACAUCACCGAAGGCAUGGAACUCACCGUCAGGCGCGGGGAAGUCACGGCCGGGGGCGGUGAAGUCAACACCGGAGGUAGGGUACUCACAACCAGGGGCGAGAGUGUCACCAACAGAGACGGUGCAGUCACAAUCAGAGCGGGGGAGUAAACCACCAGAGGCGGGAAAUUCACCAUUAGGGGCUGGGAAUUUACUACUAGCGGCGAUGAAGUCACCACCAGAGGCGGGAAAUUCACCAUUAGGGGCUGGGAAUUUACUACCAGCGGCGAUGAAGUCACCACUAGCGGCGGAGAAGUUACCACCAGUGGUUGAGAAAUCACAACCCGGAUCGGGAGAGUCACCACAAGAGGCACAGAAGUCAACACCAGGGGCGGUAAAGUCACCACCAGAAGAAGGGAACUCACCACAAGGGGUGGGGAAGUCACUACUACCGGCGGAGAAGUCAUCACCAGUAUUGGGAAAUCGACUAGGAAAGGUGUUCUCGUUACUGACCUUUUGCAGGAAUUUAAGUGAAAGAGAAUCAGAAAUAGCUCAAGAGCUGAUCAUAAAUCCUCCAGCCUUUAUAGAUGACCGUGCUUUUCCACUGUUUAAGGAGUUCUUUUUAUGAUUUUGAUAACUUUCAAAAGACAAAAUCAACACUCCGUUGAUUUACUAUCAAUAGAUACUCCCACAAUUUUGCUGUACUAAUCGAAUGAAAGAGAUAACCAUGUGCUACUUUCAAACUGGCGUUUCAAUGUGGGUAGAAUGAAUAUUCUUGCAUACCGGAUGUGAGUUUCCGGUCAUGUGACUAGUGCUGGAAAAGCCCAUCUUACACCCCUCCCACCCCCCAUUUAAGAUGAGUCACGCGCAACAACGCGGCACUUCUUUCUUUUUUGUAUUGUAUGGUUUAUGAAAACUAUUGAUGUAAUUUCAAUAA